CUGGAGGAGAAAAGCAUUUAAUUUAAACAACAACUCUGUCUCAUCUAGUGUUAGACACUGCUACUACUACUGCAGAGAGGGAAGGUUUGGGGGUGCAGCAUAGCAUAGACGACGAGAGAGAGACGAUCGAGUUCGCGUACGGAUUCUCUCAUCUCGGUGAAGAAGAAGGUAGAGAUGAUGAUGAACAAGGAAACAUCACACUGGUGGUGGUUUGACAUUCACCAUACCUCAAGUGGCUCUCCAUGGCUACAAUCUACUCUUGCUGAGCUAGACAGGAAGACAAAGUCAAUGCUGAAACUGAUAGAAGCGGAUGCAGAUUCUUUUGCUCAACGUGCAGAGAUGUAUUACAAGAAACGGCCAGAGCUAAUUAGCAUGGUUGAAGAUUUUUAUAAGGCACAUCGCUUGUUAGCCGAGCGAUAUGAUCAACUUAAGUCUGACUCUGGAAACCGCCUCCUGGCAACAUUUGGGUCACCAUUUUCAACCAAGCACCGACCGGAGAAGUUAAUGAGCGUGAAGACAGAUCAAACCUAUGAUAGCCACUCCGAGAUCUGUGACUCUGAGGACUCUGCUGGGUCUGAAGUAGAUGACCCUGAACAAGAUGAAAUUCAAGUUGUUGAAGAAUUGGAAGAAAUUGAGACUCCUGAAGGAAAGGAAGAAACCCACGUUGAGGACUCUGCUGACUCUGAAGUAGAUGACCUUGAGCAAGAUCAAAUUCAAGUUGGUGAAGAAUUGGAAGAAAUUGAGACUCCUGAAGCAAAGAAAGAAACCCUUGUUGAUGAUGGAAUGAAACAUGUUGAAGUUUGCAUCAGGUACAAUGCUGAAGUGACGAAGUUGAAGGAAGAAAUAGAAAGGCUCGAGGAACAGAAGAGGAUUUACAGGGACUAUCUUUUGCAGAAAGACGCAGAGGGGAGAGAACAAAAGAAAGAAAUUCAAGUCCAAGAAGGAAUAAGAGAAGCUGAAAUUUCAAGGGUUGUGUACAAUGCUGAAAUGAUGAAGUUGAGGGAAGAAAUAGAAAGGCUUAGGCGAGAGAGGACAGUUAAUAAGGAUCAUCCUUUGCAGAAACUUGAAGAGAAGAGGGAAGAAAAGAAAGAAACUCAAGUCAAUGAAGGAAUCAAAGAAGUUGAAUUUUCAAGUGUUUUCUACGAUGUUGAAGUGGUGAGGAUGAGGGAAGAAAUAGAAGUUCUCGGAGAAGAGAACAGGAUUUACAAGGAGCAUCUUUUGCAGAAAGAUGAAGAGAAGAGGGAAGUAAUAAGACAGCUCAGUUUCGCAGUUGAAGUGUUGAAGCUAGAGAAUGUGAAGCUGAGGAAGUACGUAGCUAACCAAAACAGAAGCCAUUUCACCUUCGAGAAGCUGAAGGAUGUAUUUCGUGGGAAGCUUUUUAAUGGAUCUUCAAAGUCUCAGAGUAGUGUCCUAGCUCUCUAGAUGUGGAUUUUCGACGGUAAGUAGCGUAGUUUGUAAACACAGUUUAUAUCUAUCUAGAAUAGGUUGUAAUAUCAGGUGCAUAAUUACCCUCGAAGUCAACCUAGGAAAAUUACUAUAGUGUUGUGUUCAUUAUGGCAUUGCUCUAAUCUUAUUUUAUUGUAUACUGUUUCACAAUUUUAGGAAAGUUAUCGUAAUGUUAUUCAAUCAAAUCAUCCUUAAUCUUUAGUUUUAUAAGGUGAAAAGGAUAUUAAGUAAAUGGAAAAAUAGAAUAUGCAGCCUAACAACAUUAAUGCCAUUGCCAUACACUUUCACUCACCUCGACAAAGCAUAUAAUAUACACACUAGCGCAUAAAAAAGAAGAAAUGUCCACACAUAAAAACAGAAAGUGGAACCACUACCAACAAUAAUUGAGCUGCCACCAAGAGAACCUCACACACCAGAAAGCUGCGUUGAGCAUAACACCAGCAAACCAAGAAAAAAAGCUAAAUUUAAAGGUCCUGAUGAAGUUGUAGAAACUGAAGAAGAGGCUGGCAAAGACCCGGAUGGUGAAAUUGAAAAUCUUGCAGGCCCAGGAGCUAGUAUGUCACCUGGAUUUGGAGGGCUUCGGCUCGAAGGAAUGGUUGGUAGGGAUGACUCAGUUGGAGAAGGCGCUCCAGCUCCAGGAGUUGGGAGCAAAGGUUCGAUAUCUGGCGAUAAAGUUGGGGGAGAGGAUAAGGGAGCAACGGGCAAAAACGCAGGUGCUGCUGAUAUAGUAGAGAUUCGUGCGUGUAUUUGAGAUGCCAAAGCUGGUGGUGAAAAAAGGGCCAUAAAGACAGUGGACAUUGCCAGGAAUGUUGAGCAAAAGGAAGCCAUUGAAUGAUUACGAAAUCAAUACACCUAUUAUUAGCUUCAAUAAAUGUGUCUAAAGAAGAGAAUGGAGGGCAAAGGGAGAAAAGGUGUUGUUAUAGGAGAACGUGAGGAGGGUCGCCCAUGGUUAAGGCUCAAAAGCUAUCUGGUGAGGUGGGGACUGUGUGCUAGGUGUCAAAAGGCUAUUGGGACCCCAUUUGACAUUACAGCUCUGCAUUUUUGCUAAGGGACAAAGGUUGAUGUGCAAGAAUUAACUGGAUCACAUGAAAGGUGGGUGUCUUUUAUCCCUUUCUGGUCUGAGAAAUUCUUUUUAACUCACAAGAGAUUUUUAGAGUCAACUCGUGAGAAAUUCCUGAAAUUCCGCUGCUCAGUUCUAAGAGAUUUUUUUUCUUGAACUGGGCCUGCCAUAAUCAACACCGUAUGUCCAUAUCCAAUGACUAGAACGACCUUCCACAAACAGGAACUAAAUGCAAAUCGUUUACAGGCAGGCAUUUUCAGCAGGAAAAAGGAAGAGGGAGAAGGCAAGUAGACAGUAGUCUGCUCAAUGGCGUAAAAGAUUCGUACCCAGUUGGGUAAUUAGGGAAUCAUCACAGGAAUAUCUUGUCAAUGAUUAAACAGGCGGAAGCCUCCUGGUUUCACUGCAAGAUUAAUGAUUUGGCCAUGAUCUUGAUUUGUCUCUUGUUUUAAUUAUAAGGAAUACUCGACUGGAGUGGAAGAUGAGAUGGACCCCACACCACCCAGAUUAUUAUUUUAUUGAAGAGUCCUCCUAGAUUAUUUA